UCUAUGUAACGGUCAUUGUUACAUGAAAUUCGAAACUUCUUAUGGAAUAACCUUUUAUAAAUGUUCUAAAAAAUUAUGCUAUGGAUCUGGUUCAAUAGUCAAUAAUCUUUUUCAGAGCAUAACGAAUCAUUCAGCUCAUUGUAUUCAAGCUGCUGGAAAUAACAAAUUUAAUAUAGUUUUAGUUAAAGGCCUAAAUAAUGCCAAACCAACUCGAGACACUUAUGAACAGAUUUGUUCACAAUUAGGGCAAAACUCAUCAAUUCCUACAAUAAUAUUAAAUUCUGAUCAAAAGAAUAUAGCAACAAAUAUUCUAAAAACUAAAAUUAAUAAUCAAUCUAUAGUUAUGGACAACAAAUCAAACACAAAUGAAAACAACAUAAAAAUAAAGUCAACAGAAGACCUACCAAAACUCAAAAGUAUUGAUCUAAUAAAAAUUGAGGAUGAUGUAAUAAUGACACAAGGUGAGUCAAACCAUGUUAGUACAGAAACAUUAGAAUCGCCAACCGAUAAGAUUGCUGUAGAUGCCGAAACUUCUAGAGGAACAUCUCAAGAUGAAUUUCGGAAAUUUUUGUCUAACCAUCCAGAUUUGCCCGAGAAUAGGCCCAACGAAUACGUUAAAAGUCUAGUUUUGACCAAAUUCCACCACGAUGAGAUAAACCUCGUCAAUUCUCUCAAGGCUACCUUGUCCGAAAUGUAUAGUGAGAAGGGGAUCAAAGAAACAUCUCAAAAAACGACCAAGAAAAUAGCCAGUUCAACGCCCAUCCCAAAUCAAACAGCAUCGAACAUAUGCACCAUAGACCCUAUUUUUAACGGCCAUCGAUACAAAAAAUACAGUUACAAAGAUGGGGCCACCUUUUACAGAUGCCAAAACUUCCGAUGCUCGGGCAGGGGUAUAUUGAUCGGAGACACAUUUACUAACACUAAAGGACACGAUAACUUCUGUACCAAUGAAUCUGAUAUGGAUCAAGAUAGCGAUAAUACCUUUGCCUCAAGUAUCGAAUUCGAUCCAUCAAAUCAACAAGAAGAUCUUACUUCAAUUACAAAAAUCAUUGAUUUGGAAGAGAAUUGUGAUGAUAAUGUCGAAAUCAUUCGAACCGAUAAACACAUGGUAAUCGAUUGCAAAUCGCCGUCAUCCAUUUUCGAAAGCAUGACGCAACCCCUCGAAACACCUGUCCAAACUCAAACCGCGUUUAGACCUCCUAUUUUUAUCCUGGAUCAAAACGACGAGUCCGUUUUCACCCAAGAUGAACCCUCUUCCAAGACCCCGAAAUUUAAGUUGCAGAACGCUAGCGUGUCCUCUUCAAGUUUCCCCUCUCAAUCGAAACCAAAUAACAUAAGCAUACACGUAUUACCUAAACCGUCGUCAUGGUCUGGUCCAAAAUACCCUAAAAUUAUUCUGACCCCCGUAGCCCCCAUAAAGCCUCAGCCCCCACAGCCAGCUAUCCUGAAGCUCAUUAGACCCAAACCUUCAACCACCACUGCCUCCACUCCUACAGAAGCGAAAAACGAUUUGUGUGUUUCUCCAUUUGCGAAAAAAGAUAACUCAACAACUGACUUCACGAUUAUAAGUUCAUCGAGUGGCGCUGACAGGCAAACCAUUGCUACAAAAUAUUACAAUGAAGGUUAUACGUACCAAGUUGUUCAAUACGCCAAAACCAAGACCUAUUACAAAUGCGCAACCGUGGGCUGCCCAGCUAGGGCCACUCUGUCCAACGACGUUUUCGAUUGCUACAAAGAGCAUAUACGGGGCUGCCUAAUCUCCAGCCUAUUAAAAACCCCUUCCAAAAGUUAUAUAAAGGUUAACAGAAUCUGGAUAGACCAAAACGGAUUUCAGUACAAGAAGAAGUGCAGUUACAAGCACAACAUUUACCUCAAUUGCAAGAAUUUGUCUUGCCCCGCCAGAGCCAUCGUGUCCGAGGAUGGCAUGAGAUUCAUCAAACUGCAUUCUUGUACUAAUAUGUUGGAGGCAGAAACAGAUGAUCACUCAAAACAUAAGAUGUGUAGCCAUAACAUGGACAUAGACAACUCAAUAAAAUAUAUCAAAUCUAGUAAAGGUAAGGAUAUUCUCUGCUAUAACCUUUAUCAAUAUACCAUACAUAGAAUAGCUGAGCCUACAAUAUAUUACCGCUGCAGAAGGAGAGAUUGUAAAGGCAGAGGUAAGUUAGUAGGUAGUAUAUUUGAAGUGACAAAAAAUCAUCUAACAGCUGAAGGUAAAGAUUCUCAAUGUAUAUCUUGUACAGAUCAGAAUACUACUAUACCAACUACUAAAUCUAUCCACGAGGGAGUGAAUAUCGAUGACGAUUCUUCCGAUGAUUCCGUGAGUUCUGCCACUCUCGAAAACGAAAUCGGGAAAUUUUCCGAUUACGACGAACCCACUGAAAAUUUUACUUGUGGAGGAGAAAUGGAUGAAGAUAGCAAAUUCUCCCUGCUUAAGGAUUUAGAUAUUUUGUCUUCCGGCACUCCCGUUUUCCUGUCUUACCAGCGAUACAAGAAUGUCCCCUUCUUUGAAGGCUUCCUUUAUAAAUGCGUCGGUUCGAACGUGUAUUUUUGCCGAAUCGCUACCUGCUCUGGGAGGGCUUAUCUGAAAGAGACCAACCAGGAGCUAUGUGUGCUAAGGGGUCACAAUCACGAAAAGAUGGAAAGUGAGGCCGACGCUAUUAAAUAUCUGCAGGAUUGUAUCAAGGCAGAACAACCUCAAGAUGGCGAUACGAUUGAUGCGGACAAUAGCGAAACCUCUUCGGAAAAAUUUUCCAACGGUGACAUUGUCAGCCAAUCCAUUCUCAGGGAUAUCGAAAUUUUAUCAUCGGGUACUCCAUCCUUCUUAUCCCACAAGAAGCUCAGGAGGAUUCCCUUUUUCGAAGGCUACCUUUACAAGAACAUCAGCUCGGGCGUUUACUUUUGCCGGGACCCUUCUUGCCCAGCUCGAGCUUACAUGAAAGACCUUAAUCAAGAAUUUUGCGUUCUCCGCGCCCAUAACCACGUCAAGUUCGAAAGCGAAGUCGACGCGAUUACCUAUUUAGACCAACCUCAAAGGCAAUACAAGAGCGUCAUGUCAACUAUCGAUAUGACCGUGCCCGACUUUUUCCAUACACCUGAAAAUGAUAUACCCGGUCUGGUAUACGUACCUUCGGCCAAAUGCGGCUUGAUUCCCUAUUACGAAGGUCACUUGUAUCUCGUUGAUAGGCAUCAGGGCAAGAAUCUCUACCUGAGCUGUAGGAAGGACAAAUGCCCAGCUCGCGCCAUAUUGACCAAAACCUGCAUCAAAGGGCAGUAUAGAAACCAUAAUCAUCCACCGCAGAGGCAUGAAUUUUUGGCCCUAGAAACUAGGUACAAACUUAAGCAAGCCAUCAUAGCCAAUCCUGACCGGCACCCUCGCCAAACAUAUGUGGAAUUUAUCAACAAAAGGCUACUAGAAAUAGAAGAAGAGGAAAAAGAACUCAUGCUCAAGGAGGCUCCUUACAAUAAUCCCAAUUUGGAUACGACGACCGAACCCGAAAAUUCUACCUUCUUUGCUAAUAAAUAUCACAGGGCCUUCCCCACUUAUCGGAGCGUGGAGAGGUUCAUGAAGAACGUUAGGAAAGCUAUUAAGAACAAUAAAGCGAAUCGAUCUCUACCGACUUUGCAAACGCUUCCCCACCCGCUGGCGGCAACGGCAUCUACCCAUAUGGAUUCCUUCACUACGCUGCUCAACGAUGAGUCCAUGAUGGAUGAUACAUUAGAAACAAUUUGUAAUAGCGUCUGUAAUUAAAAACUGAAGAAGUAUUUCCAGGGUUUUUCAUAAGAGGAUGAAAUUCACUUGAUUUAUCAUUUAUUGGAAUGGUUUGAUUUUGUAAGAUAUAUUUAUUGCUUCUUGCUUGUCGAUUAUCAAACGUUUAUGGAUGAAUUGGAAACCAUCAAUUAAUCGUAACUUGUAUAUAAACCCAAAAAAUCGAAUCAUUUGAUUGAAUAAAUUCUUAACUUAACUACGUUUUGGGUGGGAUAAAAGAUUAUUUUAUAUAUUUUAUUUGGCUGAUUUUUCUUAAAACAUGAUAUAGUGAAUAUUUUCUAUUAUAUGUAUUACAACAAUUUUUUUUUAUUUAUGGAUUUUUUUAAAAUAUUAUUUUUUUUUCCAUUCACUAAAUAAUAAAGAGAAAUAUAUUUGUAAAACAAAAGCUUAUUUAAAAGUUAUAUAUUCUCCCAAUUAUUUUAAUAUCAUUUAUUUAAUUUUUUUUGUGCAUUUUAUGAUUCAAUUUAAAUAUUUCUACGAAUAAAUCAUAUUAUAUUAUAUACUAUUUAAAUUGUAAUUUAUGAAAUAAAUAUAUGCUGUGUAUGGUAAACUACA